AUGCAAGAGGAGCAUAAGCCAUCCAUUGAGCAUGAACGCCAAUUAAACCUCAACAUGAAAGAAGUGGUUCAUGUAGAGGUAUUAAAAUUGCUUGAUGCAUGUAUUAUUUACCCUAUAUGUGAUAGUAGUUGGGCGAGUCCUACACAGAUUGUGCCAAAGAAGGAAGGGAUGAUUGUUGUAAAAAAUGAAAAUAAUGAGUUGGUCGUGACAAGAACUGUUAUAGGAUAG